CAUAUAUAUAUAUAAAAAAUGACAGAAAUUGAUUUGGAUCAAUAUUAUUUCAAGCCCGAAGAAGAGGUGAUUUGUGGUGAAUUGGUGCCUCCAAUCACCGAAUCUCACGAUUUCGAUUAUGAUAACUAUCCAUCAGUUGUGGAACGAUACUAUAAAAAAUACUAUUAUUUUCGCAAUAAUGACAUUGCCGAGGCUCACACACUCUUGAAUCAUUCGAAUGGCAUUUGUUUGGUGGGUUUGGCCGAUACGCAUAUCGCCGUUAAAAAAGGCAUCAAAUCAAUAACAUUUGAUGUUGGCGGUGUCGAUCGAAGCAAAAAUCAAGUAUCGGGCAAAGGUAAACGUGGUGCAAUGCAACUUCAAGCAACCACUUGUUUGGCGAUUGUAACAUGCGAAGAUGAUACCACAUACCGUGUGGCCAGCACUACUCAGGGUAAAUUGGUUGAAGUGAAUGAAGAUUUAUUAUCGAAUCCAAAACUCAUUGGUCAGGAUGGUGACGGUUAUAUUGCAGUUGUACUACCAAAACUUGAAAAAUGUCAACAACAACUUGAACUAUUGUCCAAUGAAGAAGAAUACCAGGCAAAACUAAAAGAGCAUACUGAGAGUAAUAAAAUCGUUUAAAUUUUAUUCGUUUAUCUAAAAAAUGAAAUAAAAAGCGAAUAAAAUGAGAUACAUUUCUGUUAAA